AACCUUCUCUAGAUAAAGCAUUUUAGGUCCGAAUUCGCAAAGCCAGAAUGUCAGUCCCUCAGCCAGAAACACCCAGUAGAAGAGUCGUUGGGGACGAGUUACUACCAGUCCUUGCGAAAGCCGGACUAGAAGUCCCCCCUUAUCUCUUAGAAGACCACAGUGCAUUUAUAUCUUCGUUGGAUGAUAUAAUUGCAUCUCUUCCAGAUGAUAAGAGUAUAUUGCCUUACCCUGACCUCACCAAGUAUCCGCGUACGGAUAUCCAUGUCCCCGAGGACAAUGAGCUAGGUGGAUGGGCAACUAAGGUUACUGCGAAAUGUAUAAACCCUACGAAUGACCUGCUCAAGGGCCGCACUAUAGCGCUUAAGGAUAACAUGGCAUUCGCGGGAGUUCGGUGUACGAACGGAACGUCCAUGGUGGAUUGGACUCCCAAUAUCGACGCAACAGUCGUGACAAGAGUUCUGGACGCUGGAGCUACCAUUAUCGGUAAAGCUGCAUGCGAAAACUCCUGUCUCGAAGGAAUGUCGGGGACAGCCGUGACUGGACAGGUCCAUAACCCAUUCGCAAAGGGAUAUAGUGCCGGAGGAUCUAGUAGUGGAUCUGGACGACUCGUCGCGACUGGAUCCGUUGAUCUCGCCUUUGGUUGCGACCAAGGUGGGAGUAUUCGGAUCCCUGCUUCAUCUUGCGGCAUUGUUGGCCUCAAGCCAACUUGGGGCUUAGUACCCUAUACUGGUAUUCUGAGCUUAGAUGCGACUGUUGAUCACGUAGGUCCAAUGACCAAGAACGUGAGAGAUUGCGCUUUAUUACUCGAGGCGAUUGCGGGACCAGACGGAUGGGAUGAUCGCCAACCACCACUCGGCCUCGAGGGAGAUAGAUUGAAGUUUGUGGCUCCUGUAGACCAGACACUUGGCAAAGAGCCAUCAAAGAUGCUUGAAGGCUUUAAGAUCGGUGUGCUAAGCGAGGGUUUUGAAGUCCCUGGGCAAGAUGAUGCCGUCGUGGCAUCCGUCAAGUCGGCGAUUGAGAAGUUCAAGUCACUUGGAGCGGAAGUCGCUUCGGUUUCGGUGCCGUUACAUAGAGAAGCCCCUUCACUUUGGGCAUGUGCCUUACCUCUGCCAGGGGGUCGACAGUCCCUCCUUGGCGAUAUGGAUGGGAGAAAGCAGCUAUACUUAACGGAUCGCGCUGAACUAAUAGGCCCAAAGCUAACCCAAUCUCAGUUCGACGCCCUAGGACCCGGAGCAUCCAACAUGUAUGUUGGGUACCUGUGGAUCCAAGAGAAAUACGGCGCGAAGGUGCAGGGGAAGGCUAUGAAUCUCCUGAAAGCCACCAGCGAUGCCUACGACAAAGCGCUUGAGGAGUUUGACGUUUUAGUUAUGCCAACUCUGCCUUACCCCCCACCGCGUUUGCCGGAGCCCGAAUCAAACGAAGGUCCGCGGAACUAUUUGGCUCGGACAACAGGAUUAAUAGCGAAUACUUGCCCUUUUAAUAAUUCGGGACAUCCUGCUCUUUCACUGCCCGUUGGUUUCGUGCCUGCGCGGGAAGAUCCGACUAUAAAGCUCCCUACCGCCAUCCAAAUAGUAGGUCGCAAGUAUGCAGAUGUAGAUUGUCUGAAGGUAGCAGCCGCAUGGGAGAAGGAAUUUGAUUGGAAGGUUCUCUAG